UAUAUCGUAUGAUAACAUUAUUCGAAACGAAUGAUUUACCCAUAUUCUUGUAUCAACUAACCACAUCCUCACUUCCAUUUUCUUCCCCUAAAAAUUGGAUUUGACUAACAACUUAUACCACAAAACAUUUGAGAGAAAGAGAUAGAUCGAUCUAUCGAUGACAUCAUUUGAGGAGACAGAGUUACGUCUAGGAUUGCCAGGUGGUGGUGCGAAUAAGACUGAUGGAGGUGGAGAAACCGCGGUGCAUACCAACGGUAGUAAAAGAGGUUAUGAUGAAACUAUCAUGGACUUGAAGCUAAAACUUUCAUCAGAAAAUGAUCAAGAAACCAUAAACAAUCAAGAAAAGAACCACCCUCCUACAAAGGCACAAGUGGUGGGAUGGCCACCGGUGAGAUCUUACCGUAAAAACAUGUUGUCGGCUCAAAAGAACACCGCCCUCCACCGCCAUGAAGAGGUUGCUGCUGGCAGUGGUGGGGCGGCGUUCGUGAAGGUGAGCAUGGAUGGAGCUCCAUACCUUCGUAAAGUUGACUUGAGAAUGUACAAAAGUUAUCAAGAUCUUUCUGAUGCUUUGGGCAAUAUGUUUAGUUCCUUCACCACUGGUAAUUGUGGAUCACAAGGGUUGAAGGAUUUCAUGAAUGAGAGCAAAUUGAUGGAUCUUUUGAACAAUUCGGAUUAUGUUCCAACUUAUGAAGACAAAGAUGGAGACUGGAUGCUUGUUGGCGAUGUUCCUUGGGAGAUGUUCGUUGAUUCAUGCAAGCGUUUACGCAUAAUGAAAGGGAAGGAGGCUAUCGGGCUUGCACCAAGAGCUAUGGAGAAGUGCAAGAACAGAAGCUAAAAGUCGCGAAAGGGCUUAAAUCCGACAUCCUGGUCCUAUCUAUCUGUGACAUAUGAGAAUGAUCGAAAAUACUCAGAGAUGGAUGGAUUGAGCAGAUUGUUGGGUAUGUGUCUAUACGUAUUAUUGUACUUGAUAACUCAUUUCAGGAUUUGUGAAAUUGGAAUGUUGAUUAUAUUGUGAGAGUGAUAUCAUAUGUAUCUAUAAAAGAUGGGUAAUUUGAAUGUGUAUGAACAUAAUAAAUAGGCAAAAAAUCGUUCUAAUAAA